UGACCCAGCCCAGCUCUCGCGUCCCCCGCCCGGCGGCGGGGUGGUUUCCAGGCGGAACCCGCCCGCGCGGGAACUGGCGCGCUCGGCAGUGUGCGCCGCCGGUCGGCGGAGCGAGGACACCACCGGGCUCCUGCCGCCGCCUCCUCCUUCCUCCUCCUGCUGCCGGGCUGAGCGGCGGGGUCGUCGGCAGCGUGAGGCGAAGCGGUCGGCUCCGGUCUCCUCUUCAUGGCAGGGAACUUCUGGCAGAGCUCGCACUAUUUACAAUGGAUUUUGGAUAAACAAGAUUUGUUGAAGGAACGCCAAAAGGACUUGAAAUUUCUGACAGAAGAAGAAUAUUGGAAACUGCAGAUAUUCUUUACUAAUGUCAUCCAGGCUUUAGGUGAACAUCUUAAAUUAAGACAACAAGUUAUUGCCACUGCUACAGUCUACUUCAAGAGAUUCUAUGCCAGAUAUUCCCUAAAAAGUAUAGAUCCAGUAUUAAUGGCUCCUACGUGUGUGUUUUUGGCAUCCAAAGUAGAGGAAUUUGGUGUGGUCUCAAACACAAGAUUGAUUUCUGCUGCUACUUCUGUAUUGAAAACUAGGUUUUCUUAUGCCUUUCCGAAGGAAUUUCCUUAUAGGAUGAAUCAUAUAUUAGAAUGUGAAUUCUAUCUUUUAGAAUUAAUGGAUUGCUGUUUGAUAGUGUAUCAUCCUUAUAGACCUUUGCUCCAAUAUGUGCAGGAUAUGGGCCAAGAAGACAUGCUGCUACCCCUCGCAUGGAGGAUAGUGAAUGACACAUAUAGAACUGAUCUUUGUCUACUGUACCCUCCCUUCAUGAUAGCCCUAGCUUGCCUACAUGUGGCCUGUGUUGUCCAGCAGAAGGAUGCAAGACAGUGGUUUGCUGAGUUGUCUGUUGAUAUGGAGAAGAUUUUGGAAAUAAUCAGAGUCAUUCUAAAACUGUAUGAACAGUGGAAGAACUUUGAUGAGAGGAAAGAAAUGGCUACUAUUCUUAGUAAGAUGCCUAAACCGAAACCACCUCCAAACAGUGAAGGAGAACAGGGUCCAAAUGGAAGUCAGAACUCCAGCUAUAACCAGUCUUAAGACAUUCCAAAGAACUUUAUUAUGGACCACUUUGGAUCAAGACAUACUAGGAUCUUAAUUGUGUUCGUGAAAUGGACAGAAGGUUUUAAUAAUGUCUUUGACAAAGAACUUGAAGAAUAAAUGGCUUGUUUCUAUCAAGCAUGUUGAAAGCUUUUUCUUUAAAACUGCAUGAACCCCUUUAACACUGGAACAACCGUAUUAGCAAGAUUUCUCAAUGUAAGGCAGUCAAGUUUUGAACAGACCUUCAAAAGAUUCACACAUCCACUUCAGUAUUAAUAGCUGAAUACUGUUUUGUUUGUUUGGUUUCAGAAAAAUGUAGCUUGCCAUUAAAGUGAAGAUUAUUUUUUAAACUACAGUAAUGAAGCCUGUUGAUUGUAACCAUAUUAAUGACCCUGUCUU